AUGGAAGGGAAUCGAGAAUCUGCAGAGGAGGUAUGGUUUGCUAUAAAGGCUUGGUUGCUUCUCCUUGCUAAAGAUAUAGUAAAAGUUUCAAAGCUAAGCAACACAGACCACGAAUUUCUCAAAGCUUUAGAGCUGCCUGUGGUUUCUAAGGUGAGUAAAUCAACUCUUUUUGUUUCUUGGAGGAAACCUGCUACUGGUUGGGUAAAACUCAAUGUAGAUGGGAGUUCUGUUGGCAAUUCGGGACCUUGUGGAGGUGGGGGAGUGAUUAGGGAUCAUUAUGGAAAUUUGGUUGUUAGUUUAUGGGUUAAAUAUGGUCAUGGAAGCAACAAUGAAAUUGCGAGCUGUCAUUUUUGGGGUAGAGCUAUGUAA